GGUGCAUCUACGACGUACCUCUAGACCUCACGCUUCUGCAAGGCUUUGCUCGCCUGGAUGCGUGUUUUCACACCCUUGGAGACAAGCGCGUUCAGGCCUCACCGAUUCGCACGGAGGUGAUCGGAGGUGCCAACCCGGCGGGAUUCGUCAAUUUUGACGAAGUUGCUGUCCGAGCCCGUGGUUCAUGUCAACCACUUAGAGUGACGCUAUAACCCGACUCCCGAGACACAGCAUGCGAGACAUCCCAUGGCUCUCCCAAAGGGCCCACGUGCGAAUUACAUGCAGCACGCCAGUAAUGCAAGUUUACACCGCCAAUGUGACUUGUCAGAUCCGGCAUCAGGUCAUUAAGCGCCGUGUGCCAAAUAUCCCUAUCCCUGGUCCUACGCGAAUGGUCGGUGUGACUAUGCAGCCUGAUCAACCACUGCCUUCCGCACUAGAUUCGGAGCUUGCUUCCUAUGUCUGGACAUGGAACUGAUGGGGCAGAAGAAGAAUGGUACUGUGGAAUCUCAACAUUCGCACUACAUACGGGGAACACUGCAUGGUCGGAGAAUCGAGCAAACAAUCACAUACGCGUCAAUUGAUAUAUGGAUGCAUGCGCAGCAAGAAACAUGAGUGUGAUGGGUGUAUGUUCUAGGUAUUUGUGGGUGAUUGAGAUUUCUUCUGCAUUGAUAUUCCGUCAUGCGCGUGACUUGAGCAGACUGACAGACCUUCAAUCCGAUUCCGAGUAUCUACCUGCAUCAUGCAGCCCUGUUCAACGACCAGCUGUCUUGCAGCACUAGCCUCAGCAUGCGUAUGGCACCGCUGCAGUGUCAUGGACGAAUACAUGUGUAACACACUCUUCGCCGGCGUCAAUCAGGAUCCUGAUCUCCGCCAUU